AGAGAGAGAACAUAUAUCUUUUAUUUUUUUAACAGCGAAUUUUUAUUUAUAAAUUAUAAUUUUCUUAUUUUGGUUAUCUUCUCUCCGUAAGUCUUUCUGAUUUCUUUCCUAUUGCUCGUUCUCUAAACUUGGUUUCCUUCUUUGCCGUUUGUUUGAUUUUUCACCGAGGCCAUGUCUUUCAGAGGAACAAAUGCUUCUUCCGGCAUGGGGGUGGCUGAACAUAGCAAAAUCACAUAUAUGGAAUUGCAGAGGAAGAAGGUAUACCGCUAUCUGAUCUUUAAGAUUGAUGAGAAGAAAAAUGAGGUUGUCGUAGAGAAGACCGGAGGCCCAGCUGAGGGCUAUGAAGAUUUUACUGCGUCGUUGCCUGAGAAUGAUUGUCGAUAUGCAGUUUAUGACUUCGAUUUUGUGACCUCUGAAAACUGCCAAAAGAGCAAGAUCUUUUUCAUAGCAUGGUCUCCUUCUGUUUCUCGAAUUCGAUCCAAGAUGCUUUAUGCAACAUCUAAGGACAGGUUCAGGAGGGCUCUGGAGGGCAUCCACUAUGAAAUCCAGGCAACUGACCCAACUGAGAUGGAUCUUGAGGUGCUCAGAGAGCGUGCACACUGAUUUACUCAAGGCAAAUGGCUUUUCAUCUUUAAGAGACUCCAUUGGGCUUCUUUACAUUAUAAAGGCGCAAUCUUUCCUGCUUCAAUUUGUUACCGGAUUUGCAUUAUCGUUUGAUGCAUAAUACAUAUAGUUAGCUAAAUAAUCAGCACCUGAGAAGGCUGAUCAGGAGCUUAUGGAUGACACAUCUGGGUGUGUAGGACUAGGGCUCUUUAUUGCCAUGAUGCUUCUCGGGUGAAGUUUGAUAUGAUUAUGGGAAAAUCAGCUGUUUGAUUCUUGUUAAUGAAAUGAUUAUUAUAUUAUAAUGAGUCUCUAUCUUCAUCAAAGUUUCCAGUUAAA